GUUCGUGGUAUUUGAAUUUACCAACAGACAAUCCUCUUCUUUGUUUCAGGACGGCAGGAAACCAUACAAUGACAAGCUAUCUUCAGGAACGCACUCUACGUCCGGGUCCGUCACCCGAUGCUUUGGGGAUAUCAAGCCCAGGAACACCUUCGCAAGGAGUGGGACCUCGUGCAAACGCAUUAUCAAGUAGAAUCACGAGUGUGUUAUCCGCAUCGUAUUCGGACUUGGACAUUCGCGAUGCCUUAGAAACCUUGGAUGCUCGGGGAAUCAAGAAUAACCAAGAGACUCGGAGGCGGCUUCGACUAGAUGUCCAGAAAGAAGUCAUACAGUGCAACGCCGACAUCAUUAAAGACUUUGGUCAAGUGGCUGCUCAACUGAGACGCAUAGGCGUAGCAAUUGAGAACCUGAAUCGCUGCUGUGAUGACAUGAGAGCCCACAUAAAUGCAAGCAAUCGAGAGAGCGCCCCGGUCCUAGAAGAGGCGAGUUCUCUCUUCAAUCAAAAGGUACAGGUCGAGACGAAAGCAAAGCUACUAGAUGUUUUCAACUCACACUUCAUCAUCUCUGAGCGAGACGUCAUGGUCCUGACUUCGACCUCGGAGCCAGUCAACGACGAAUUCUUUCAGGUUCUCACGCGCGUGAAGAAAAUUCAUAGUGACUGUCAGAUUCUGUUAGGAUCCGAGAACCAGGUAUUAGGAUUAGAGUUGCUAGAGCAGAGCUCAAAGCAACUGAAUGCUGCAUUUCAGAAGUUGUACCGCUGGAUACAGCGAGAAUUCAAAAAUCUAGAUUUGGAGAAUCCUCAAAUCAAUGCCUCGAUACGAAGAUCUAUCCGUGUUCUAGCUGAACGACCAGCUUUGUUCCAAAGCUGCCUAGAUGCUUUCGCAGGAGCUCGAGAGAACAUCUUGUCCGAAUCCUUCUACAAUGCAUUGACUGGCACCGGGGAGAGCCAGAUGAAACCGAUAGAGUUCCAAGCUCACGAUCCUUUGCGCUAUAUUGGAGAUAUGCUUGCUUGGGCCCACUCCGCCGCAGUAUCUGAGAAGGAAGCACUGGAAGUUCUGUUCGUUUCUGAAGGGGACGAAAUUGCGAGAAGCAUCAAGUUGGGUCUGGAAAGCGAGCCAUGGACCCGUGAAGAUGGAGAAGAAUCUGGGCAAGAGGCUUAUGAUGGCAGAAAAGCAUUGAACGAGCUGGUCAGUCAUGAUUUAAAAGGCGUUGCAAGGCUCCUGCGGCAGCGUACCGAACAGGUCACACAGAGCCAUGACGAUCCUGUCUUGGUCUACAAGAUUGCAAAUCUCGUGGCCUUCUAUCGAUCGACGUUUAAAAAGCUCGUGGGCGAAGACUCUGAAGUCCUUGAGAUCCUCGAUGAGCUGCAAGACUCUGCCUUUCGAAGAUUCAAAGCAAACAUGCAGGAUCAUCUUGUGACUGUACAGAGCGACUUAGGUGCAGCUCCCGAAGACCUCUCACCACCAGAGUUUCUCACUGAGGCGUUGAAUAUGCUGAAGGCAUUGCUGACCAGUUACGACACAUCAAUGGCGACAGCGGACGAUCAGGAUAGUAGCUUCCAGCCUGUGCUGACAGAAGCACUGGACCCCUGCCUGAACGCAUGUGAGAAAAUGUACAAGUCAUUGACGGAACCCGAGAACGAUGUGUUUGCCAUAAACUGCCUAAUGCAGACAAGAGCUACACUCACACCUUUCACUUUCACUGGUGAUCGGAUAACGGAGCUUGGAUCUAGGUUGAACAAGCACGCUUCAAAUUUAGUCGCAUACCAACACCGCUAUUUACUUGAUGAGUCUGGACUCAAUACCCUUAUAUUCGCUCUAGGGGAAGUUGCCGAUUCCAAGGAUAGUAUUGCUAAGAUUCCCACCUUGCCACCUUUCAGUCCUGAUUCACUCGUGGCCAUCAGCCAAAAGCUCGAUGACUUCCUCCCAUCAGCCCUUAUGGAUGCCAGGGAGAACGUCAAGUGUCUAAAUAAUGCCCAGAUAGCCCAGGAUAUCACAGAGCAUGCUGCAGAUAAAUUCUGCGAGGAUUUCGAAGCAGUUGAAGAGAAAAUCCUCGCGGUCGAUGAAAUGCAAGAUGGCAAGCGGGAAGACGAGGAAGAGCCUUGUAUGCGAGAUCUGUUCCCGCGAACUAGUGGAGAGAUCAAAGUUCUCCUUAGCUAGAUAAUAUAGCUUCUGCUGCCUCGAGUAGAGCAAUACGCUCUUAUAUAUGCCCUGUGCAAAUGAU